UGGCGUAAAGGCAAAAGCCUGUAUAGUACAGAGCGCGAGGUUCGCGCGACGCUCUGUAUCACUCGUGGUUUUGUUUAUGAAUAUGCUGCGUUGCGUGUGACAAAUCGCAGUACGAUACAGAGCAACUGUCGCAAUUCCUCGUCCGCCUCACUUGGAAUCGUAAUAUUGACCAGUUACUAGUUGCAUAUUACACGUUCACGUUGUUAUAGGUUAUAAUUUCUAUUUUCUCUUGAUUCUAUCGCGUGCAUCAUGGAUGAAUCAACCUUAAAAAGAUUGUUCGGGCGUUUGUGCCAAAAUGUAAACAUUCUCAAUAUAACAGCUGUGGACAACAACGAAAAGUUCAGUAUUUUAGUGCAGUGUAAGCUUUCAGGAGUGGGCACAGUGGAUGAAAAAUGUGACAAUUGGGUAAAAGAUUUUUCAUACUCGACCAAUACAAACUGGAUAACGUUAAGACGUUAUCCUAAUGCAACUCGCUAUGAAUUCCGAAAGCUAUACGUGUGUCAACACUCAUCAUUGAAUAAAGUAGCUGAACGAAAACGGCAGUCGUGUGAAGUUAGGAACAAAAAUUGCAAAGCACAAAUAGACAUUAAAUUCAAAAAAAUUAAUAGAAACACAAUAAAAAAUGAUGUGCUGUUAAAAGACGGAAUUAACGUAGUGAUAAAAAUAAAUUUUCAACAUUCCCAUAGGAUAAAUGUGGCACAAGCUUUUCGAUACUUGCGUGUGAACAAGACAGUACAAGACAUUUUUGAGUCAUACUUUAUUUCGGGAAUGACUCCGUCAGCUGCUAGAUUUUAUCAUGAAAUGAAAAUAAUUGAAUCUGGUUCUGAAGAAACGAAGGAAAUACAGAAUGUAAGUACAGCAUAUCUUCUUGCUAAUGCUAGAGAAAAUCCUACUGAGAGGCAGAUAAAGUACUUGUAUGAUAAGUGGCGUUUCUCUCAGUACGGUAGUCGAGAAGAAAAAAGUAUGAUAGAAGUUCUCAAGAACAGACAGUCCUUGUUGCAGAAAUCCGGCGGUACACUAGUCAUCAAAGAAAAUCCUUUUAUCGCAGUUGUUAUUACUCCAAUAAUGCGACGCGCAUUUCUUCAAAAUUUAUGCACUGAAAUGGUUUUCGUGGACUCCAGCGGAUCUUGCGAUCAGACAAAUACUUGUGUCACAUUUCUAUUCACUUCAAACAAAACAGGGGCUGUUCCUAUCGCAUGCAUUCUUCACACAUCCCAAACUGAAGCGAAUUAUACUUUAGCUUUUGCGUCUGCCACUGAAGCAAUCGAAGUAGAAAAUAGAAAGUUCGAUCCAAAAGUGUUUAUGACUGAUGACAGUGCAUCCGAGCGCAAUGCGUUAUCAGCUGUAUUUCCGAACUCCAUAUUACUUCUAUGUACAUUCCAUCUUUGUCAAGCUUUAUGGAGAUGGCUCUGGCAAACUGACCAUAACGUGAAAAAGGAGGACAGAAGAACAGUGAUGGAAAUGUUUAGGAACAUACUUUACGCUCCAACAUUACAAGAUUCAGAAGAGAAUUAUGAUUUCUUGAUGAGUAAUAAUAUAGUGCAAAGUAACAAAGCAUUAUAUGAUCAUCUGGAGAAAUUGUGGGUCCGCAGAAAAGAAUGGUGUAUUUCGUACAGAAAUAAUAUAAUAACAAGAGGUAACAAUACUAAUAAUUACACUGAAGCUUCAAUUAGGAUUUUUAAAGAUAUAGUUUUGCAAAGGUGCAAGGUUUUUAACUCUUGUGCAUUGGUUGAUUUUAUCAUCAAUGUGUUCGAAAACUACUAUAAGCGAAAAUUGUUGGAAUUUGCAAAUUCAAGAAGAUCUAAACCCCAAAUUGAUUAUAGAAAUAUGUGUUUUAGAGCAAAAGAUAUUAACAUUAUUUAUCAAAGGGACAAUACAAUUUUCCAUGUUGCAUCUGAAAAAGAUUCCAAUUUAUUUUAUACAGUGAAUGCUAAAAUUGCUUUUUGUGAUUGUCCAUCAGGCACAGGUGGCAAAUUCUGUAAGCACCUAUGCGCAAUAGAACAAAAAUUUGGUAUAUUAUUUAAAACGUCUCCAGUUCUAAGCGUUCAUGACAGAAUACAAUUAGCCAAAUUAGCUGUUGGGCAUUCAGCACCAGAGGAAUUUUAUAAAAAUAUGGAUUCAAACACAACUGAUCUUGAAAACUUUGAAAACUCAGUUCAAUCAACUAAUUCUGUUCCUGCUGAAGUAGACUUAGCAACAUCAAUGGAUUUACAAAUGAACGCCGAAGAAUGUGAAAGCCGAUUUAAAGAAGAAAUUAAAAGAAUGCGCAGUGAAUUUGAGCGCAUAACAAGUACGCUCGAAGACAAUCAAAGCCCAGAAGCUACUUUAUCCAUCAUUAAGUUUAAUGCAGUAAUGAACAGCCUGAAAACCCCUUCCCAAAUUUUAAACUUUUUGGAAGCUAAAAGUCGAAUAUGCGGGAGAAAAUCUAGAAAAAUUCGAGUGCAGCCAACGUCAAUUUCGCGACGUAAAAACAAAGCAUUGCCUCAAUCUGGGAGAAUUCAAGCUGGCAGGCCUUCCAAAAUUGAAAAACUAAAACGGAAGCACAGCCUUGGAAGCAACAUUUCGCAUAACCUACCAAAUGCUAAGUUACAUUGAACUUAAUUCUGUAUUUCGUUAUUUAAAAUAUAUAAUGACCCAUGUA